AGAGAACUAAGCAAAACCAGGUGCUUCUGCUGUAUUCUCUCCAGUGUCUGAGGAGGAGCAGACCUCUCCUUCUCCCUUCCCUCUUCUCCCCUCCUUCCCUCCCUCCUUCCUUCCCCUUCUCUUUCUCUCUCUCUUUUCCUCUGUUUCUCCAUGAUCUGGCCUUUCAUUCUCUGGAAUAUAAAUGAUGUCAGGACUGAAGUUCUAGCAGAAGCUUUAAUGUACAGAACUAUUUUUUAGCUAUUCAGCUGUGCAAGCUCUAUUUUUCUCCCCUCGGCUUUCUUCAUCAGUUUUGGACAUGACAGGACUAAAAAGGAUAUUGACCAUUUUCAUGGUGGUUGGCUGCCUUAUAAGUCGUGGGAAGAUGCAGCAACAAUGCUCAAAUGGAUUUGAGAUGGACCGUGCCUCCGGCCAAUGCUUAGAUGUUGAUGAAUGUCGAACUAUUGCCGAGGCCUGUAGAGGAGAUAUGGUGUGCGUUAACCAGAAUGGUGGCUAUUUAUGUAUUCCACGAACAAAUCCUGUUUAUCGAUCACCAUAUAUGAAUCCUUACUCUAGUGUAUACCCACCACCUCCAGCUCCCGCUCCAGCUCCCAAUUACCCUACUGCUGCAAGAGCUCCUCUGAUUUGCCGGUUUGGUUACCAAAUGAAUGAAAAUAACCAGUGUGUGGAUGUUGAUGAAUGUGCAACCGAAUCGCAUCAGUGCAACCCCACCCAAAUCUGCAUCAACACUGAAGGAGGAUACACUUGCUCCUGCACUGACGGAUACUGGCUCUUAGAGGGCCAAUGCUUAGACAUAGAUGAAUGUCGCUAUGGCUACUGUCAACAGCUGUGCGCCAAUGUACCUGGCUCCUACUCCUGUACAUGCAAUCCAGGAUUUGUCUUGAAUGAAGAUGGAAGAUCAUGCCAAGAUGUGAAUGAAUGUACAAGCAGCAACCCUUGUGUACAAAACUGUGUCAACACCUAUGGCUCAUUUCUGUGUCGCUGUGACCCUGGCUAUGAACUGGAGAGUGAUGGUAUUAGUUGUACUGAUAUGGAUGAAUGCAGCUUCUCUGAAUUUCUUUGCCAGCAUGAAUGUAUUAAUCAGCCAGGCAGUUACUACUGCUUCUGCCCUGCUGGCUACGUUCUUCUUGAUGAUACCCGAUGCCAAGAUAUUAAUGAGUGUGAAGUUGGGAACCACACUUGUACCUUGCAGCAAACAUGUUUCAAUUUCCAAGGAGGAUUCAAAUGCCUAGACCCAGUAAGAUGUGAAGAUCCUUACAUCCUGAUCAAUGAAAAUCAUUGUAUAUGCCCAGCUGAAAAUCCUGGUUGUAGAGAUAAGCCAUUCACAAUUUUGUAUAGAGACAUGGAUGUGUCAGGACGCACGGUGCCCUCUGAUAUAUUUCAAAUGCAAGCAACAUCCCGCUACCCUGGUGCAUAUUACAUCUUCCAGAUCAAAUCAGGAAAUGAGGGUAGAGAAUUCUACAUGCGGCAAACUGGACCUAUCAGUGCCACUCUAGUGUUGACCCGCCCUCUGAAGGGGCCACGAGACAUUCAGUUGGACCUGGAGAUGAUCACUGUUAACACUGUCAUCAACUUCAGAGGAAGCUCUGUCAUUCGGCUGAGGAUAUAUGUGUCACAGUAUCCCUUCUAAGCCUAGAGUUUCGUUGCUUACUUUAAAAAAAAAACCAAAAAGCAGUUGAAAAGGACAUUAUCCCUUUUCUGCCAGAACUUUCUUCUCAGGAGUCAGUGCAUCUAAUAACGCAACAUGAAAUCAGUAUUAAAAGUUACCACAAUGGCUCAUAUUACAGUGAUGGGCCAGACCUCCUCGUGGUUUGAAGCCACCUGAGCUUUGUAUUGUCAGUGGA